AUGUUCGAGUACUUUACCUUCGGCGCGCACCCGCAAACGCGCUUCUUCGAGACAGGGGGGCCCAACGACACCGAUGACCACGACGACGGCUGUGCCUCGCCAACAGACACCUCAUUCUCGCUCCCGCCGCCGAAAUCUCCGACGUGCGUCCUCCCCGCCCACCGCAAGGGCGGGAUCCACGACAUCAUCACGGCCUUCUCGCAGCAGAGUCUCGGGUCCGAUGACGCGGAAUCGGCGAGGCCAUCAUCCGGCUGCAGCACCGGGUUCAGCACCAGGGCCAGUUUCUCCCUCGCUUCGAGCCCUUUGACCGACUACGAGGAGGAGGAAGGUGCUUCCUACAAGUCCGCGCGCCCGGCUGGUUCGGGACCGGGGACGGGCGCCUGCAGCAGACGGCUGCAGCGACAGCUGGAUGUGCAGCUCCAGAGCUGCGAGAGGCAUGUGAGGGACAUCAGCUCGCUGGUAGAGGACAUGAUCAGCAGCAAGUCGCAGUGUCGGCUACGCUCCUCCGUAUCUGCGCGUCGCCCUCGCGGGUCGGCGGCUGCUUCGUCGUCGCAACCUCCGUCCGGCCAUCCGGAGCUGGAGUGCGACGAAGAGGACUAUAAGCGCGGCAGGGCGGCGGGGGUCGGGGCGCAUCGCGACGCGGAGCUGCUGGAUAUCGACGAGGGCUUCCACGAGAUGGAAAGUCCGGAGGAGCCGUAUGGGAGAAGUGAGGAUGAGAGUGAGAUGAAGAUGGCGCCGGGAGGAGGAGAGAUGACGCUGCGAGAGGCGAGUACGCCUCGUGGUAUUCGGAAGGGGAGAUGGCGUGGCGAUGAUGGUGCUCAGGGCGUGGCGAUGAUGUCGCGCGCGGCGCGCGAAAGUCAUGAACUUGCCGCGAAGGAGGCAGUACCAGCUUGCCCGGCUGGUCGAGUCAGCGGGGGCUGGAUGGGCGGGUUUGCAAAUCACGGCGUGGUGCUACCGAGGGACAAAGGAAGCGCGGCUUGGGACUGGAGCACAGCACAGCAUAGCAUAGUUGCCGGCAUCGGGCCACGGAUAUCAAUAAUGUCUCCAUGCCAUUACUGUGCGAUUGCCCUUGAUUCUUUCUUUGCUGAGCCAAAGAAGAAGAAGAAGAAGAAGAAGAAGAAGAAGAAGAAGAAGAACACGUUCUGGGUAUCCCGCCCCCCCGCUCUCAUUCAUUCCUAUUCGAGUCUUCAGAGGCCCGCCGAAAGAGAGUGUCGCCGUGCUCUCCGCCCUCGCCUUGUUGAAUCCUAUACCGUACGCCGUACGCCGUACGAACUAAAGUCUGAUGAUGCUGAUGAUGCUGAUGAUGGUGAUGAUGAUGAUGCUGAUGCUGGUUCUUUGAACGUUUCCAUGUUCUCGAAGUAG